AUGUCAAAUUUGAAACGUGCAUCAAAAGACAACAGACCGAAAAAAUAUAACGAUUAUAGUUUACAAUAUAGUCGAUGGUUUCUCAAGUCGAUUGGUGCGUGGCCACAAAUAAAUACACCGAGUCCAGGGCGCAAAAUAAUGAUAUUACUCCAAAUUUUCAUUUGUUCAAGCAUAAUAGCAAUAACAACGAUACCGUGUAUCUUCUAUGUGUUAUUUGAAGCAGAGAAUAUCCAGAAAAAACUAAGUACCAUAGGACCAUUCAUCAAUAGAUUUAUGAGCACGAUACAUUACUGGGUGUUGCUGAAGCGUAGCAACGACAUUCAAAAAUUAAUACGACACAUGGAGAAAGACUGGAGUCUCGUGCAAAAGAUCAAUGAUCACAAAGUGAUGCUGCAACAUGCCAAGUUCGGUCGUUUCGUUACUAUAAUUUGUGGGAUAAUGAUGCAGGGCGGUUGUCUACUGUUCAGCUUAUUGCAAUCAAUGAAAACUGUUACCAUGAUCAUCGGCAACGAAACUUUUACAACGCAUCCACUGACGUGUCCGAUUUACAGCAAAAUAGUAGGAAGCGUUGGAUUAAAUAAAUUCGCAUUAGUUCUGCAAAACCUGGUAAUAUUAAUAAUAAGUUCCUGUACAGUCGGGGGUUGCAGUCUGGCUGCUGUUUUCGCGAUACAUGCUUGUGGUCAGUUGAACGUGCUGUACGCGUGGCUACAUGAACUAGUUGAAAACCAAGAGAAGGAAAAUGAUAAAGCUCAACAAAGACUGGCUGCUAUCGUAGAACAUCAUCUUAGAAUAUUGAGGUAUAGAACAGAAACCAAGAGCUUUACAAUAAAACCAGCUUUUGUGGAAUUAACGGGGUGCACGAUAGUAAUGUGCUUGAUUGGAUAUUACACUGUUACGAUUUGGGAAACACUUGAUAUGGCAAAACUAAUAUCUUACCUUUUUCCAUAUUUAUCAAUGAGCUUCAAUAUUUUUAUAUUCUGCUACAUCGGAGGAAUUGUCACAGAACAGUGCAAACUUGUUGGAGAAAUGGCAUAUAUGACUGAUUGGUAUAACUUACAUCACACAACUGCACGUGGUCUCAUUUUGAUUAUUGCCCGAUCGAAUAACGUAGUUAAGAUCACAGCGGGAAAAUUAUUCCAUUUAUCCAUCGCUACUUUUGGUGAUGUAAUUAGAACAUCGGUCGUAUAUUGCAAUUUUUUGCGAACAAUGACUAUGUAA